UGCUCGAUUAGAUCUCUGCAAUUUACCAGCGUGUAUACAGGGCUUAAGCAAAGAACUAUAAUACAUUUAUCAUACAAGGAGUUUUAUUUGACUGUGUUUUUUCACUGUUUACUUUGUGCAAGCGGAUUUAUGUAAUAUUUUGGAAGUUUCCAACCCCUGGACACGCAACAUUGCAAGGAUGAGGGGGUUCCUGUGGUGUAUUUUGUUACUAACCAUGACGGUUAAUCCUAGUGACGGGCAGGACUCGCUUAGCUCCCGGCUCGUGAAGACCACGUCCAAGAUCAUCCGCUUCUUCGGAGACUCAUUUAUCAAGUACUCGUUCGAUGGCCUGCCCUCAGAGUUGUUCGAGGAGAUGGACACGGAGUCUGUGUCGCUCACGUUCAUUACCCAAAGUUCGGACGGGCUGAUAUGGUUCUGGAAGGAUGGUGCCGGUCAGAAGAUGCACAUCAGCCUUAAGGCCGGAAGUCUUUACUUCGUGAACGAUGACAGCCGAGGAUCUCCGCAACAGGUUCGAGUGCAACAUCCGGACUCGCGCGUGGUCAACGACUUCCGGUGGCACACCAUCCGUGUGGAAAAAAAUGGACGCGAGCUUACGAUUUUCCUCGAUGAGCAGCUGGCCCAGACGGUGACCUCAUCUAGGGACAUACAGUUCAUCACCCGGCGUGCAGAUGUGUAUUUAGCGGGUACAGCCGACCCACGGACAGACACGACCGGGCUUGUCAACACAAAGUUUGACGGUGCUCUUGUUGAUGUUGAGUCCAAGAAAUCUCGGGGCCCUAAUAAGGAGAUCAUCAUCUCCUUCCUACAGCAGGUGGGGCAGGCGACCGGAAACAUCACCAUCAUCGACACGGACGAUUGGAACAGUGGCCGCUGGACCUGGGGAACCACAUCGGCACCGCCCACGCCCGCAGCAAGGAGGCCGACCCCGGUGACGUUCAAAACCGGUAACAGCAUGUUCUUCCUGUCUGACGCCCUGGACAUGCGCAGUGGCGGCACGGUUAGCUACCGGUUUCGCACCCUCGAGCCCAGCGGAUUACUAAGCAUCGCACGCGGAUCCGGCGUGCAGUUCUUCGCGAUGGAGGUUUAUGACGGGAUCCUCUACUUCGUGUACGAGUUCGGGAGUCUCACCGCUCGGAACAUGUUCUCCGACCGCCGCGUGGAUGACGGCGAGUGGCACGAAGUGAAGAUGCGGGUGGACGCCGGCAGUCAAGGGAUGACGCUAGCCCUGGAUGGACGGCCGUUCAACGUCAUCUUGUCCUCCGACCAGCUCCGUUCCCUAUACUUCUUCAAGAUGUACUUUGGCGGCUACGACAACUAUCGGAAUACUCCCUGGCCGUUGUAUGCUCGCAAGGGGUACAAGGGAUGUCUUGAAUCGCUUCAGGUCAAUGAUAUAGGCUACGACCUGCACAUGUUUAUCCGAAACCAGCGGAUGUCGGAUGUGGAGACCGGAUGUGCGUCCAUGUUAGGACAGUGCCAGGCGCAGCCCUGCGAUUACGGCUUCUGUCGGGACCGGAUGUCCGGAUACGUGUGCGACUGCGCGGACACGCCAUACACUGGCCGGAACUGCAACGAGAACGCAGCGAUUGCUCGGUGGGACGGGAGUUUCUCCACCGCGUUCAACUUUGUCAACCGUGACGUGACCCACACCAACGACCUCUCUGUCCGCUUCAACACGCCGUUUAAGGAUACGCUUCUAUUCCGUACAGAGGCAGACAGCAAGGGCGACUACAUCCAGGCGGAACUGGACGACGGUCGCCUCAAGAUCACCUUUCUGGUGGACGGACAGUCCAAGACGUUCGUGACCGGUAGUGUCUUGAAUGGCUAUCUGUGGCACACGAUGUACAUCCGCCGGCGGGCCGACGACGUUCAAAUCUGGGUGGACGAUGAGCCACGUUCCGUCGGUGUCAUUGGAGGCGAGAACUACAACCUUUACAUCGACCGCAUCAAGUUUGGUUCCAUUGGGGAGACCGGCGAACUGCGCGGAGGGAACUACAUAGGCUACAUGCAGAACUUCGUCUAUGACGGACAGGAACUCUUUGGUCAGCUGAAGGGACAGUCGUCCUCGGCGAAGUGGAUCUUUGACCUCCCCUUUGACCUCUUACCGCUUCUCACGUACAAGCCAAUCACUGUCACUUCCGAUGGCGCCUUCUUCCAGCUUCCAUCUAUGACAGUUGGUCGCACGCUAAAGAUAAUGUUCAAAUUUAAGACCCGAGAGUCGAACGGAUUGAUCCUCUACAACAGCGGAAUAGGAAGUGACGUCAUCGCCAUUGAGCUGAGUGACGGGCAUAUCCGAUUUGCGUUCAACCUUGGCGCUGGGAUCAUGCACACGGUGAUACCGACCCGGAAUUUGAACGAUAACACGUGGCAUGACGUUCAAGUGGCACUCAGUGACCGCGGACAGUUCACAGUGCGCGUGGACGGGGAGACGGUGCAGGUGUCCAACAGUAACCGGAACACGCUGUCUCUCAAUGGCAUGUUAUACAUUGGCGGGAUGCCGACAGCGCUGUUCUCACAACCGGAAGUUACGGCGCUGCUCGACUCACGGAAGGGGUUCCGUGGCUGCCUGGCGUCCGUCGACCUAAACGGUGCCGUCCCAGACCUCGUCAGCUACGCAAGCGAUAAGACGAAGCUCCUCAAUGGAUGCACGGACCUGACAGUGCAGUGCCAGCCUAACGCCUGUGGGCCAGGCGUCUGUGUCCCCAGGGUGAACGAUUUCUGGUGCGACUGUAACAUGACAGGGCUCGUGGGCAUCCCCUGUAUUACCAAUCCUAAUGGUUACUACUUUGGUAAGAACGGUCAAGAGGGUAUCGUGGUAUACGAGUUCCCUCAGCACAAACAGGUGAACUCGGACACGGACAUGCUUGCUUUCGGCUUCAAGACGCUCGAAAAGGACGGAGUGCUUUACCGUAUAGAGAGUAGCCUGGACAACAACGAGUAUAUAGAGAUUAGGCUGGAAAAUGGAACCGUAGUCGCUGAGGCUAACACCGGAAGUGGUCUUGUGCGUCUCGUGGAGAAUUCACGCGUGUUCAACGACGGGCAAUACCACGUGGUUCGCUACAUCCGAACCGGCAGUAACAGCACAUUGCAGGUGGACCAGCUCCCUACACAGUUGGCCGUUAACAAAAGCGUUGUGUCGCUAUUCAACAGCGUGUACCGGGUAAUGCUGGGAGGCCGGAUAGACUCCAAGGGAGCCAUCAUCCGAAACUUCUACGGAAUUAUCGGAGGUGCCUACUACAACGGCCACCGAUGGCUGGAUCUUCUCCUUUCCAACACGGCAUUGCACGGGAAACUCGUGAACAUGCGGGGAGACGUUGUGCUCACGAAGACGUACCUACUGCUGCCCGGCGGCGGAAAGACCUCACCUGUCCCGCCUGAUCUUAUUAUCAAUCCGGCGGAAAAGGUUCCCGUGAAUGUCGGCGGAGGUGCAGAAAUCGGUACAGGCGUCGGCGGUGUUGGCGAUGGUGGCACUCCCCCGAGGGUCCCAAGUUUUGGCGAGACUGGGGGCCAUUUCUCUUCUCUCGGAAGCGGCAUCAGCGUGGGAACCGUCCCGCACGCAGCACCUGUGGAAGUGGCCAGGGCUGGAGGACCGAUCAUGCCCGGAGCUCGGGCCGGUGCUGUGGUCGGAACUGUUCUAGGUACUAUGGCCUUCCUAACGAGUCUGAUGUGGGCGCUAUACAAGCUGAAGCCCGGUGUGCCCACGUGCCUCUCUCCCGGAGCCGGUGCGGCCAAAGGUGACGCCGGCAUUAGCAUAUCCUCUCCACGACCCACUUCUAACCUGGGGGCCGUCAAGGCGGCAAGCACGGGAGCGGGCGGCGCUGGAGGUGAAGCGGGAGGUGCCGGAGCCGGAGCUCUUACAGCUACGGUUGUGGAUGGAUCAGCGGCAGACGGCGGCGGUGCGGGCGGCGGAAACUCCACAUACCUUUCAUACAUCAAAUCCACGUCUACUUCCAUUUCCGGUGGCGGCGCGGGUGGCGACGCGGGAGCCGGCGGUGCUGGCGGUGCUGGCGGUGCUGGCGGUGCGGACGUUACCGAUUUUUCAACUCUAAUGUCUACAGUCACCUUUUCAAACAUUGGUACGGCGAUCGGCUCCCCGACGGCAGACCGACGUAUAACGUCUUCGUCGUACUCUUCCAAUCUCAACUAUCAAUCCAACACCAUGCAGUCUUAUGGCAGUGGCGGCGGUACUAUGGACCGCGUAUAUAUUGGACAAGAAUUAUCUCAAUUCUCUGCGGGUGAUGACGAUUUCCCUGAUUACGACAUACCGCUUGGAGGUACCGGGGAGGUAACGGACCAGUCCUACUCUUUCUCAACACUCAACACCAACUAUAACUACCAGGUCCAGAAUCUCAAGACGGUCACCAUGAACAAGCAGGGCCAAUACGUGAUGUCAUCGGCGAAUGGCGGGUUCGGAGCGGGGGCGGUUACACCGGGGGACGCAGUGGAUGAGGUGCGAGUAGACUGUUGUCUGAUACCCGGAGACGAACGGAGUGUAGUGACCGGAAGUAGCCUUGGACCACCGCAAGUCUGGGACAUGCAGACGGGUGAACUACAGCACAUCAUGAAGGGCGACACGAUAGGCUCUACCAACCUCCACCUGGUGUGCGGGGACCGGCUACUCGUGGGAGCCGUGCACGCGGACAUGGAGAUUAAUGAAUACUCAAGCAAGAAGGGCGUCUUUAACCAUACACUACAGAUCUGGGAUUUCCAGACUGGUCGGCCACUGGCCAUGGCUGUGGGCGAGUAUUGUUCCGCGCUGUGUCCCAUGAAUGAUAGUGACAAAGUACUCUUCGGACGGACGGACAAAUUUGGGGAUGCAACGUCCAUUAUCGCCUGGGACCUUAUGGGGAAUCAAAUGAUCAAAGAAAUGCGAUAUGACGCGCCAGUAGAAAAUAAUGACUACAUUUCCUUCCUAAACAUAUCGAAGAACGACCGCUAUAUAAUAGCGGGAUUUACGAACUCAUUUGAUAAUGACACAGAAUUUAUGACAUUUGAUAUGACAUUGACUAGCUAUAUAGUAAAUGAACCCGCCAUGUUGAAAUUAGACGCAAAUCCGGAAGUAACAGCUAUCUUGCCAAAGGACGAAGCUUUGACAGGUUUGAGAAACGGUGACCUUGUCGUCUGGAGCCUCCAGACCGCGCAACCCAGCCGGCAACUGCUCGGAAGUGGCGGUGCGCAUGCGCAUACACGGGAAGUGAAGAGCGUGACGUUAUCGGACGAUGGACGAUACCUGGUUUCCGGUUCGGCGGACGGGACAUUGAAGGUGUGGGAUAUGCACACGGAGAGGCCCAUUCACACGCUGCAGGGACACACGGACGAGGUUUGGUGCACUGCGCUCUCGAGCGACAACGAGAUCGCGGUUUCCGGUUCCGCUGACGGCACGAUCCGUUUGUGGCACGUGAAGAACGGAACGGAAACGUGCGUGUUCAACUGCGGUGUGGACAUCUUCUACGUCACCAUGUCACGUGACAAGGGAACCAUCGUUGCCCUUGGAGACAAAUAUGGCGCCCGGAAGUUGAUCAUGCUGCAAGUGGUCAGAUCGAAAAUCAAGAUGAUCGUCAGCUCCUAGACUGAUGUAAAACAUUAAUGCGUGGCGGAUUUCUGGACAAAAUUUAUAACAACUUCUUUUGUCUUAACUUAACUAGCUAUAAAAGUAUAAUUAUGUUUUCAACUUUAUGACCAGCUAAUGUAAUCGGUUCAGAUUAAUGAAAGUUUAUCCCUGUACUAAUAAUACAGAAAAAAAACAAUCAGAAUUUGUUACUUUUUUCGUUCGUUUAAAAUGAGUGAAACCUUAAGAAAUUGAAAAGAAAACAGUUAAGAGCAUUAACAAUAUACAAUAGAUUCAUUUUGAACUUAUAUAGUUAAGAGAUGCUAUGUUCCGUUUAUGUCAGAAUAUAUAAAGUAUGUGCAUUGUUAAUGCAUUUGCUUGCUUUACUUAUUUCCAACGAAACAAACACAUGUUCAACUUCUUGUUCCAGUGUGUGUAUACCACGUGAUAAAUUGCGUCACAAAUGCUACCAGUGUGUGUAUACUACGUGAUAAAUUGCGUCACAAAUGCUACGUCGGAAGGCAAUAUUUUGCUUCCGAUGAAGACUUUAAACAAAGAUAACUUUCCUAUUUCUUCACCAUUUUAAAUGAAACAAAGCGCAGUCUACGCCGCUUACGGAGCCUCGCCUUAGGUCUUUUACUAGGGUUUGGUUGAGAGUGUAGUUUUUUUUAAAACACUUCGACAAACCUUUUCACAAUACUGCCGUCUGACGGAGCACUGUCAAAACAUUAUUUUGGAAACAGGUUUGUCGAAGUGUUUGAUGAAACUACCCGGUAAUGAAACGUAGGCGCGGUUCUUUAAGCGGCAUAGACUGCCCUUUGUUUUAUUUAAAAUGGUGUAGUUAUAGAAAAUUAAUCUUUGAUUUAAGUCUUCAUUUUUUAAGUAAAAUAUUGCCUUCUGCUGAAGCAUAUAUGACGUAAUUUAUCACGUGGUAUACACAUACUGAGUUCUCAGUCACCUAAGUAUCAUUGAUAGAACGUAUUUAUACAACUAUCGGAAUUGAACGGAGAAAAAACAACAACAAAUACAUAUAAUUACAUUAGAAAACGGGCUGUCCCAGAAUAUCGUAGACAAUCGCCAUUACAAAACGAGUGAAUUUUGGCGAGUUAUUGGUAUUUGUAAUAUAGUAUGUUUACAUAUGAAGACAGGUCGAUUCCACCCAAACAGUCCAUGUUGUAAUUUUCAUUCGUUCAGUCCAUGUAACCUUCAUGUACGAGUAUGUACAAUGUGUUGUAUGGUGUGUUGUCUUAAACAGGUUUUAUAUAUUUAACUGACGAUUACAUUGGUUGAUUUAUAUCUUCACCAUUCCACACCAACUUUCUAGGUUUCUCUCAUCAUUCUCAACCUAAACGCACAACUGCAAAGUUGUCCGUAUAUAGUUAAUGCAUUCAGUUUCAACAUAACUGUAUGAAUCUUAUUUAAAUAAUUGUAUCGUUUCACAGCCUGGUGAGUUGUUUCAUAUCAUUACAUAGUGUACUAUUAGUCGUUCGUUUGUAUUAAUCAAUAUCUAAAUAACUAUUAAACCCGUUUUGUAUGUGUUUCUAUUGUGUUCCAACACAUGAGCGUGGCCAUUGUAAUGCACCUUGUAUUUUGUCUUUUAAACAUUUGUCUAUUGUUGUAUUAUAUUGUAUUGAUAUGUUUUUUUUCUAUAUACACUGGUAAUAAACGAUAGAA